CCCUCUGCCUCGCUUCAUCUUCUUUACAGUGGCUCACCGUUACUUAGCCCAACUGCAGCUGUGCUGCCCUCAAGGCCCCGUCUCAUACUCUAUAGCUCGAACGACCCAUGCCCACAUGAUAGUUUCUGGGUUCAAGCCACGUGACCAUAUUCUUAACCGCUUGAUUGAUGUCUACUGUAAAUCUUCAAAUUUUAGUUACGCCCACCAACUGUUCGAUCAAAUUCCCAAACCAGACAUUGUUGCUAGAACCACCUUGAUUACGGCGUACUCUGCCAUUGGGAAUCUAACGCUGGCUCGGAAGAUAUUCAAUGAAACUCCAUUGAGCAUGCGAGACACUGUUUGUUACAAUGCGAUGAUCACAGGCUAUUCUCGUAACAAUGAUGGCUAUGCCUCUAUUAGACUAUUUUGUGAGAUGAGGCAAGGUGGUUUUAGGCCUAACGAUUUCACAUAUACGACUGUACUAAGUGGUGUGGCACAGAUAGUGGAUGUUGAAAAGCAGUGCCAGCAACUACAUUGUGCAGUAAUUAAGUCAGGAACAGGGUUUGCCACUUCGGUGUGGAAUGCGCUGUUAUCUGUUUAUGUUAGAUGUGCUUCUUCACCAUUAGUAUCAUCAUCAUCAUUGAUGGGUGAAGCUAGGAAUUUGUUUAAUGAGAUGCCUGAGAGAGAUGAACUAUCAUGGACAACGAUGAUUACUGGGUACAUAAGGAAUGAAGACCUUCAUGCAGCUCGGGAAUUGCUAGAUGGGAUGGAUGAAAGGAUGGAAGUUGUAUGGAAUGCGAUGAUUUCGGGUUAUGCUCACCACAAUUCUUUUCAAGAAGCAUUGCUAUUGUUUAGGAAAAUGCGGUUACUGGGGAUUCAUCAGGAUGAAUUUACAUACACUAGUGUUAUUAGUACUUGCGCUAAUAAUGGACUAUUUCAGCUUGGGAAGCAGGUGCAUGCUUACAUACUUAGAACCGAAGCGAAGCCUACUGUGGAUUUUUCAUUAUCUGUGAACAAUACAUUGCUUACACUAUAUUACAAAUGUGGUAAACUUGAUGAAGCACAGUAUAUUUUUAAUAAUAUGCCUGUUAAAGAUCUUGUUUCUUGGAAUGCAAUCCUUUCAGGGUAUGUUAGUGCAGGGCGCAUCCAGGAAGCAAAAUCCUUUUUUAAGGAAAUGCCAGAGAGGAGCAUUCUGACAUGGACUGUGAUGAUAUCUGGUUUAGCUCAAAAUGGAUUAGGAGAAGAAGCGAUGAAGCUAUUCAACCAAAUGAGAUCAGAAGGUUUUGAGCCAUGUGAUUAUGCAUUUUCUGGAGCAAUUACAUCUUGUGCUGCGCUCGGAGCAUUGGAGCAUGGACGCCAGCUCCAUGCUCAACUAAUUAGCUUGGGGUUUGAUUCAAGCCUUUCAGCUGCAAAUGCACUCAUCACAAUGUAUGCAAGAUGCGGAGUUUUCGAGGAUGCGAACUCUGUGUUUCUUACCAUGCCUUAUAUUGAUUCAGUGUCUUGGAAUGCUACGAUUGCAGCUCUGGCCCAACAUGGACAUGGUGUUCAAGCAAUAGACCUUUUUGAAAAAAUGUUGAAGGCAGAUAUACUACCAGAUAGAAUAACUUUCCUCAUCAUUCUAUCAGCUUGUAGUCAUGCUGGUUUAGUCAAGGAAGGGCGCCAUUAUUUUAGUUCAAUGCGUGUCUCUUAUGGUAUUAGCCCUGAUGAAGGCCAUUAUGCUCGCAUGAUUGAUCUGUUGUGUCGAUGUGGGGAGUUCACAGAAGCCAAGGGCUUGAUUGAAUCAAUGCCUUUUGAGCCAGGUGCACCGAUUUGGGAGGCUCUUCUUGCUGGUUGUCGGACUCAUGGGAAUAUGGAUUUAGGAAUUCAAGCAGCAGAACGACUCUUUGAGUUGGUGCCACAACAUGAUGGAACUUACAUACUUUUGUCAAACCUGUAUGCCGCUAUAGGCCGUUGGGAUGAUGUGGCUAAGGUGCGGAAACUAAUGAGAGAUCGAGGGGUUAAGAAAGAGCCUGGUUGUAGUUGGAUUGACGUUGAAAACAUGGUCCACGUCUUCUUAGUUGGUGAUACUGAGCACCCUGAGGUCCAAGCCGUGUACAAAUAUCUUGAGCAACUAGGACUUGAAAUGAGGAAGUUAGGAUAUCUCCCUGACACAAAGUUUGUGUUGCAUGAUAUGGAGUCUGAGCAUAAGGAGUAUUCCUUGUCUACUCACAGUGAGAAGCUUGCAGUUGCAUUUGGGCUCAUGAAGCUUCCUCUCGGAGCCUCAAUCAGAGUUUUUAAGAAUCUUAGGAUUUGUGGGGAUUGCCAUACUGCAAUUAAGUUUAUGUCAAGAGUGGUUGGAAGAGACAUAAUUGUGAGGGAUGCAAAGAGGUUUCAUCAUUUUAGGAAUGGUGAAUGCUCUUGUGGCAAUUACUGGUAAUCUGGCCCGAGCUUGAUGGGAGGAGGUUUUAUAAAUACUUGGCAGGUUGAUCCCCUCAACCACCAGGUGAAGCUUUGUGAUUUCGGAAGUGAAAAAGUUCUGGUGUGUUUGUCUUCAUGACAUGAUUGAAUGCAAGUGUAAAUCAUGACAUUUUAUACUUGCAUUCAAUCAUGUCAUGACACUACGUUUUAGAACUUAGAUGCAGAAUGACCAGCUGCUUUUAUGAUGGAUAAUCUUUUCUUGUUGAUAAACCAAUGGUCAAUCACCUGUCCAUUUGUUGAUAAACCAAUAGUCAAUCACCUGUCCAUUUGUUGCUAUGUUCCUAAGAAAAUCAGUUUCCUUGUAUGAUUUAUUUUCAAUGAUUUUCUUGCUAAUCAGGGUCGAGAGAGAAGCAAAAAUUUCAAACA